CUUCGGUGAUCCAGCCACGCUUCCGAAGGGUCCCCCCGGCUCCUCCAUCCAUGAGCAUCCCACUGGCCCUCAAUGCCUCUUACCGGGUCUACCCUACAGGGGUGGUGGCCCCCGCUGACAUGGGCUACGACGGUUACUACUGGCCCUCGGUGAAGGAGGAGAUGGAGCCGGGGAGCUGUUCGGGGGGGUUCCCUGCCCCCGAGGCUGUUAACGGCCCGGAAGGGAAGGGCCCCAGCAAUAACCCAGAUCUCUCCCCAAGGUCUUCCAGCUCUGGGAUAUUCACUUAUUAUACACCAGAUUCUGCAACCAGCCCCAACAAGCCGCCCCCCUCCCCAGAUCUGACUUCUACUCCCCAGCGGUGCAAGGAGGAAAGUAAAGGAGGCAAGAAGAGCAAGAACCGCACGGCUUUCUCUCAAAGGCAGCUGCAGGUCUUGCACCACAGAUUCCAGAUGCAGAAAUAUCUCAGUCCUCAACAGAUCCGAGAACUGGCCUCUGCCUUGGGACUCACCUACAAACAAAUAAAAACCUGGUUUCAGAAUCAGCGGAUGAAGUUUAAACGAACCCAGAAGGAAGCUGUGUGGAUGAGAAGAGGAAUAUGCCAACCUCAGAACGGCUACCUGGACAUAAACCCCAGCUAUCACCAAGGAUACGCCAUCAACGAUGCUAGGAAUAUCCAUUCAUUGGCCAAUGCCCACGAGAACUACGCCAGCAAUCCUGUCGGCGUCAACAACCAGAACUAUAGCAGCGAUCACAGCCAGAUCUACGGUAGCCCCCAGAGUCUGUGUCCAGUAGUGGGAGAAGGAGAGGAUGGAGGCUUCUUUGGGAAGGCUGCUGGGCCCUGUUAUGGCCAACAGGCACUCGGGUACAUCAGCCAGCAAAGGAUGAACUUCUGUCACGGUUUCUCUGCAAGCCUGGAGUAUGCUGCUGUGAAGAUGGAGGGUGGAUAUCCUUUUCCCAGUGUAUCUGCCACUGCACCAGGCACCUCUGUCCUGCAACAUUAUCAGACAGACCCUCUUGCAAACCCAAGGACACCAGAGCAGCUCUAAUUCCAGACUUUAGGUUCUCUCCCUGCCACCCAGGGCUCUCAUUCUUUUACUGCUUUCUCUUCAGAUUCUCUUGCUGCAAAUAGGAGUCCCACUCCUAUUGUCCCACCUCCUUCACUGGCAUCUGUGAGGGAUCUUGGCACUUGAAAAAAAAAACAGAAAAUGGGCAGUUUUAUUGCUGUCUUCUGACUCAGGGGCUGUGUGUUUGUGUGUGUGUGUGUGUGUUGCAUGUGCGGCUCUGAACUUGGCUUUCUUCAGUUCAUCCUGGCUGGCUCCAGGAAAAGGCACUCGAUGUGUAUGGAAAACCAUGUUCACGAAGAGGAAUCUGCAAAUGUUAGAAUUAACCGUGCUCCCAUCUCCCAUUGGUUGCCUGCUGUGUGAGUCACUUCCUCAAGAGCUCAAAAUUUGGCUGCCCCUCUCCAACCCAAUUUGAAGGCAGCUUCUACUCUUUAAAAAAAUGGACUCUUUUUGUUUCUUUCCCCAUUAUUCUCUUUGAUCUUUCAUGAAAGAUAUUGUUUCUUUCCUAACAAGAGAGCAUUUACUCUUGCUUCAACUGCCUAUCUGUUAAGAGUAGGAUGACUUGGGGGUAGAGGACAGAACUUCUGGUUUAAGGUACGUCCACUACAUGGAAGCAAAGGGGUUGCCUUUCUGACCUAUAUGACAACCUGCUGCUAUUGAACCUGUCCUCUACUUCAUCUCUUCACUUGAGGAGACCUCCAAAAACAUAAUGGACAGAGCCAGAUCAAGGUGAAAAGUGAGGUUUUCUUUAUUUUGGCAGGAAACACUGUAGGGGGUUCUUUAUUUCCCCUUGCACCACAAAUCUUCAGGCAAUAGCAAGGGAUGACCUCUGCAGGUUCUCUUCGAUCAGUCCUGGAAGGACUGCAUAAACAAUCCCACAG